AUGCAUCACUCAGCCGUCCUUGCAAUUUUGUCGCUGUUAUCUGUUCCAUAUGGGGUCCAUUCAGGGAAAAUUUUGGUAUAUCCAGUUGAUGGAAGCCACUGGAUUAACAUGAAGGUUCUCAUUAUGGAAUUACAUUCAAAAGGUCACAUCAUCACAGUGAUUCGAGAUUCAAGCAGUAUGUAUGUUAAAGAAGAGUCCCCCUACUACAGUUCCAUCACUGUUGACGUGGGUGUACAUGCUCAAAACUUUACCACUUUUGUGUCUAAUGUGAUACAAGCUCAAAGACUAAAAACAUCCUUCUGGGGCAAAAUCAUGUUUGGAGUGGAGAGCAUGAAAAUGUUCGCUAAGAUCAAUGAAAACAUUUGCAACAUGACUGCCAUUAUAUUUGAAAAUGAGCCCUUGAUGAAAUCUUUGCAGCAGGCUAAAUUUGAUAUGAUGUUAACCGACCCUGCUCUGGGUGGUGGUGUGCUACUAGGACACAAGCUUGGCCUCCCUCUUGUGUUAAAUGUUCGUUGGACUAUUCAUGGAGAAGGCCAUUUUGUCAUUGCUCCUUCCCCUCUGUCUUAUGUACCUUCUCUUGGAGCAGAGCUAACAGAUAAAAUGACUUUUAUCCAACGAGUUAGAAAUGUAUUGAAUUACUUCACCGUUUCCUAUCAACAAUCAACCUAUUUUGGCCAACCUUACAAGGCUUUUUGUCAGAAAUACUUUGGACCUGAUGUGGAUUAUUUUUCCCUUCUUCAGAACGCAGAUAUCUGGCUCAUGAGAAAUGACUUUACUUUUGAAUUUCCACGACCCACAAUGCCAAAUGUGGUCUAUAUGGGUGGCUUCCAGUGCAAGCCUUCCAAUCCACUUCCUGAUGAUCUAGAAAAGUUUGUCCAGAGUUCAGGGAAACAUGGGCUCAUCAUAAUGUCUUUGGGCUCUCUUUUUGGAGAACUUCAAUGUGACGUUACAGAUGAGAUAGCAGCUGCCUUUGCCCAACUGCCUCACAAAGUCAUUUGGAGACACACUGGACCUCAACCUUCUACCCUUGGCAACAACACGUUACUAGUGGACUGGAUGCCUCAGAAUGACCUACUUGGACACACCAAGACUAAGGUCUUUGUAGCCCAUGGAGGAACCAAUGGUAUUCAGGAGGCUAUUUAUCAUGGCGUUCCCAUUUUAGGUCUACCUCUAGCAUUUGAUCAACCCGAUAACCUGUCAAGGAUGAGAGAAAAGGGAACAACUAAAGUCCUGGAUAUUUCUGAAUUGGACAGAUCAGUAUUUUUAGAGGCAUUGAAGGAAGUGCUAUAUAACUCAUCUUACAGGGAGAACAUGCAGAAGUUGUCUCAGCUGCAUCAUGAUCAGCCCAUAAAGCCUCUUGAUCAUGCAAUCUUCUGGAUUGAAUAUGUUAUAAGGAAUGGAGGUGCUCCUCACUUGCGCACGCAAUCUUUCAGGAUGUCCUGGAUUACCUAUCACUCUGUGGAUGUCAUGCUCACAUUGCUGGGCGCUUUGUUAAUUAGUGGCUGGUUAACAUUUUUUGUGCUGAGAUAUCUUUGUUUUAGAGUAAUCUUUAAAACAAAAAUCAAACUAGAAUGA